UCCUGAUCUGACAGUGAGACAAGAUGGCGGCGCCCAGCAGAACGCAGGUGUUAUCGCUGUAUCGGAUGCUUUUAAGGGAAAGCUACAAAUUCCCUUCGUAUAAUUACAGGACGUACGCCCUGCGACGGGUUCGUGAUGCGUUCAGAGAGAACCGCAGUGUCGAGGACCCCAAGGUUCAGGAGCAGCUGUUGAACAAAGCACGUGACAAUCUGGCCAUCAUCCAGAGACAGGUAGCCAUCGGAAAGAUGUACGAGGUUCAACGGACUGUAGUGGAUUCCAAGCAAAAGAAAUUCAUCUAAUUGGACAUGAGAGCUCUCUGUGGAGAAGGACCAUGGCUUUUCAGGAAGCCAUUGACGGUCUAACACAUGUCGAGGGACGCUCAUGAUGCUGUUCAAGCAGUGGCUCGCUGUAUACGUUCACUGUUCCCAGACCACUUACACUCUUACUGCCUCUUUAUAAAGUCAACCGUGCUGACAUGCACAUUUCACUGAGGGCAAAUACAGCAAUGCAAACACACCACACACCCUGCUGUUACAGCUCACUGUUAGGAGUCAGAAUCUAUUUUUUUUUUCUUUUUUCUUUUUUUAUUGGUAGAUAAAUGUCAUGUAUGUGUUUCUUGUCCUGCUUCAUUAAAGGGAUGUUACUUUAAGAAACCACAGGCUGGAUGAAAAUGAUUCCUGAUAAGUAAGUCAUGUAAACAGCAUCUAAGUAUCACGUGUGAAGGAACGCGGUGACUUUGCAUGUUGGGGUUAAAGGUUUCAAGGCCAAGAGAUUUAAAAUAGAUUAGUUUGUUAGUUUUUUAGGUACGGAUGACCCAGUGAGCUCGAGUAUAAGGUCUAAAGAUCAUGUUGCACAAUUCUAAACGCAGUAGGAUAAAUACAGGGUUGGAGCGAGGACAAAAAAACUUUGAACUGGGUUCCCCUUAAUACUGAUAUGGGUUCUAGUUCUAGUAGUGCUUAAAACUUCAAAAGCAUUGAAAGAACAAAAUCGUUCAUGCUAAAUUUAAUGGCAAGUCUCAAAAAGAAGUUCGUGCAUAAUUUUUUAUCCCCGAUUUCAGUGUAGAAAAAAUACAUCUCUGCCGAAAACAGAUGAGGAAUUCCCUUAAAAAAUUGCCGUACCUAGAUGACAUUCUAAAAUCCAACACAAAUUGAACAAAAAUAACAUAAA